AGACACACACACACACACUUGCAGAGAGAAAGACAAGAAGAAAGAAAAACUGCCAGCUAGAGUCUCUUCAUGCCUGGUGGCAUCUUUCAUAUGUUUAAGCCAUAUGAAGAGAUCCAGCAAGAAGGAACGUAGAAGGACAAGAAGAAAGGAUGAGAAGAAAGGAGCUGAACAAGUUCAAAAAGAAAGGAUGCCAAAGGACUUGGAAGAGAUCCAACAAGAAAAUACCAACCUAGGUGAUAUGGAGGACAUCUUCGAAAUAACGCCAUCCAAAAAGACAGAAAUUGUUGAAUAUAGACCUUGGUCUGACCUUCCAAUAGAUCUUCUAGAGUUGAUCGCAUUGCAUCUCUUUCGAGCAGAUUUUGUUCAUCUGAUCUCCUCCUGCAGAAGUUGGCGAUCAAUUGCCCCACUGAACCUAAUCACAAAACGGCAUCUCUCAUUGUUCAGUAGUCGUGGCUUGCCAUUUCUCAGAAAUCACUCGCCAUGGCUCAUGUAUUUUGGGAAAGGCGAUGGCAUGUGUAACUUCUUGGAUCCUUUGUACAAUGAGAGAUAUUUCAUCAAUAUCCCAGAGCUCUCUGGUUCAACAAUUACUUUCUGCAAGGAUGGUUGGGUAUUCAUGUGUAGAGGCGAACACUGUGUGUUCCUUUUCAAUCCCUUUAUCAAAGCAAAGAUUGAACUUCCAGAUUUGGAAUAUCGUAACGUAUUCAAUUGCAUCACCUUCUCAUCCACGCCAACUUCUUCAGAUUCCACAAUUUUUGCUGUUAAUACUCUUGGUGGUUCUGUUACUAUAUACAUUUGUCGUCGUGGGGACAUGUCUUGGAUCGAGGACCAUUUGCCUAGUAAUUUGCCGUUCACGAUGUCUUACUCAAAUCCGGUUUUCAAGGAUGAGGUUUUCUAUGUCUUGGGACAUAAUGGGGUACUGGGUGUCUGUGAUCCAAAGCGAAUCACUUGGACUAUUCUUGCGAAGCCCAAGCCACUGAAAUUCUGUAACUGUCGUAAAGUACCUUUAUGUAGGUGGGAAUAUUAUUUGGUAGAAUCGAGAGGAGAGCUAUUAAUGGUGGUUAUCGGUUUUUCUGGGACUCCAAUUCAAGUUUUUAGACUGGAAGCUUCAGAGAUGGAGUGGGUGAAGAUGGAAACCUUGGAAGAUCGAAUACUAUUUGUAGGUCGAUGGACUUCUCUCUCCUCUACAGCAUUAGUGAAAGGGAUGGAAAAUAAGAUCCAUUUUCCUAUUGUCAGCGGUGAAGAUUGUGUUUUCUACUCGCUUAAGGACAGUAGAUGCUAUCCUAGCAGAGAUUUUUAUGAGUGUGAAGAAUAUAUUUAUAGCACUUGGAUUGAACCGAGGUGGUUUCAACCUUCAGCCGAAGAGCUCGAUUGGAGUCGAACUUCAGUAGGACAAGGAUCUCAACAGAGAUAAUUUUCUUCGAAAAUCAGUAUUAAUUAAUUUUUUUACUUAUUUAAACUAUAUUUUCUUUGGAGGAAGAUGGAAAAAAUAUUCUUUUGCUAUUUGUAUCUCCUUUAGCUACAA